AUGCGCGGUGGACGGAAUAAAUUCGGUUCGUACUAUAAACGUGAUCGAGCACAACGUAUGCAACGUAUCGCAUUACGCAGUAACGCACCUCAACCUUUCUAUCCACAACAUGUCACUGAUCACCAUGUUUCUAGCAGUACUCACGACCAAACACCGCCAGUGCAGUACUUCGAUAAUCAAAACAAUCAAAAGUUCAAAAAUGAUUACGAUGCUUUACUGCAGUCACCAACACUCUCGAGUAGUACGCAGCCGUCAACUAAUUUUGUGAUGCAUCGACCGGGUGCCUAUUUGCCAAACUGUGACAAUUUAGCUGCUCUUCUGGGUUCAUCAAUAGAUGAUCCAUUGCUGCGCACAUCAUCGUUCCCUCUGUAUUCAUGUGUCAAACCAGAACCCUUCGAAACCUAUCCAGAAACAGCAGCAACAACGACCUUUCCACAGCCGCCAUUACCUGAUUAUGCAUCGUUUUGUCCAACAUCUUCUUACGCACCUAUGUCCAAUAUGGCGCCUAUAUCGGCAUCAAGCUCUGGAUCUGACCGUUCUUCUUCACCUCUCUUGCCCAUUUGUCCUGUACCAACUGAAAAGACUAUCGAUAGUGUGUUCUACACUCAAAAGCAGUCAACAAUGCUUAGCACGUGUGCUGAGUCGCUCAUGGAACCAACACUUCUGCUACAGUUACUCAAUAAAGGCGAUAAAACGCGAGAUGCAUUCCAAUUCUGUAAAUCGGUCAUCGAAGAAAAUCUUAAUCAAAUCGUUAUUUGGGCAAAAAAUGCACCGUAUUUCGAUAAAUUGCAUGUAGAAGAUCAAAUAGUGUUAAUCUAUUCGGCAUGGGCACCGAUUCACGUUCUCGACUUCACUUAUCAUCUGCUACACAAUCAUCUUCCUUUAUCGAUUCAGUUCGGCAAUUCUGCGUUCGUUUUUUCAGAUUAA